AUGGGUGGUCAAGUGUCCAAGAUAAUGGGGAAGAUUUUCGGCACCAAGGAGAUGCGGAUUCUGAUGUUGGGUUUGGAUGCUGCUGGAAAGACCACAAUCCUCUACAAAUUGAAGCUCACAAAUCAGGACGUCACCACUAUCCCUACCGUCGGAUUCAACGUCGAAAGUGUGACUUAUAAGAACGUCAAGUUCAAUGUCUGGGACGUCGGUGGCCAGGACAAGAUCAGACCCCUCUGGAGACACUACUAUUCUGGUACCCAAGGAUUGAUCUUUGUCGUGGAUUCCAGCGAUACAGCUCGCCUGGAAGAGGCUCGCUCUGAGCUUCAUAAGAUUAUCAACGAUCGCGAAAUGAAAGAUGCGCUCUUGCUUGUGUUUGCAAACAAGCAGGAUGUUCAAGGCCACAUGAGUCCCGAGGAGGUUACCCAAGCACUACAACUCACCAAGUUGAAGGAUAAGCUGUGGUACGUUGCUCCAAGUGUCGCAACGGAGGGUACUGGUAUCUUUGAGGGCCUGGCGUGGCUCUCCAACAACGUCAAGACGCAACCCGCGAAAUAA